UAUUAAAAUCGCACAUUUGAAAUAAAUUAAUGCAUUAAUUCCACAAUUUCUGUGAAUUUUAUUUCAUUACAAAGUACGGGAAAACUACAUUUUCAUGCAUCACGUGACACCAUUGGUCAUGUGAUUAGUCUGUCAGCUCAGCUGACAUCACGACUUCACUUUCUUCGCAAGGCGAGAGAAGGAAACGUGAGAAUGUCUGUGAAUAUCCAGCCUAUCCAGUGGACCUCUGACUGCAAGGAUCAGAAUUUUGAUGGCAUUAUCUUGAUAACCCAAAGUUUUGAGGAGCUCCCUGAUGAGCUGGAGUGUUUGAAAGCACCAUUACAGGACUACAGUGCAGUGGACUGUUGCUUCGGGGAAGAGGUCGUGGUUGUCAAGGCUCCUGGUCUCCCUGGAAACAGAUUGGUGUUUGCCUGCACUGGUCCAGUGAAUCGGGAUUAUGAUGAUGUCCGGCGGUUCAGUGACGCUGCUGCUAAUGGCAUUAAGAGGGCUCUGAAAACUGGCAUGAAGCGUCCUCUGCUGGUUUGUCCCCCACAUAACAGCUAUGCAAAAAACACCCUGGCAGCCGUGCUGGGAGCCCUGCAUGCUCUCUACAUGCCUCUAGAGGUGAGGGAGCCCAAGACGUCCCCUCAUAAGGUGGCGGUGCUGGGCGUCUGGGCGAAGAACCAGACAGAGGGAGCCGCCAUUACUGAGCUAGCUAAUGCUCUGGAGAGUGGCAGGUUUGUCUAUCGUGAUAUCGGUGGCUCUGACCCGGAGCGAAUGGCUGCCCCACGUGUAGCUGAGUAUGUUCAAGCAGUCUUCAAGGAUAGUCCUGUAACGGUGACAGUAGUGAGUAAUUUGAACAUUCUGGAGAAGGAGUACCCCUGUUUGGCUGCAGUCAACCGCUGUGCUAACACUGUGCCGCGCCAUCAGGCCAGAGUGAUCAAGCUGAGUUACAGUGGAGAAGGACCCAUUCAACAGACUCUCAUGGUGGUUGGCAAGGGCAUUACGUAUGACACCGGUGGAGCGGACAUCAAGGCCGGUGGAAUCAUGGCUGGAAUGCACAGAGAUAAAUGUGGAUCUGCGGCUGUUGCUGGCUUUUUCACGAUCCUAGCCAAACUGAAGCCCAAACACCUGAAGGUUGUGGGUGCGAUGGCAAUGGUGCGGAACAGUGUCGGAUCUGAUUGUUAUGUGGCAGAUGAGUUGGUGGUGUCUCGUGCCGGUCGUAGAGUCCGAGUUGGAAACACUGAUGCUGAAGGAAGAAUGGUCAUGGUGGACCUGCUGUGUGAGAUGAAGGAGCAGGCGUUGAAGGAGGUGUCUCCUCAUCUCUUCACUAUUGCCACUCUGACAGGACAUGCUAUCAGAGCCAUGGGACCGCACUACUCUAUCAUAAUGGAUAACGGUGCUGCUCAACGCUCAGGAAACGCUCUGCAGUGGCAGAAAGCGGGAGAGGUGCUGGGAGAUCUGUUUGAGGUGUCCACUAUUCGUCGGGAGGAUUAUGAGUUCCACAAAGGGAAGUCUGAGUAUGAGGAGAUCCUGCAGUCCAAUAACCUGCCCUCAUCUGCCACACCACGGGGACACCAGACGCCCGCCGCCUUCCUCAUCAUGGCUUCUGGACUAGAUAAGCAUGGAGUGGACUCAGACAAACCUCUGCCUUACUCCCAUAUCGACAUUGCUGGAUCCAGCGGCCCUUUCCCUGGUGUCCCAACAGGAGCCCCAAUUCUUGCCAUGGCGACAAAGUACCUGCAGCUGUAAACAUACGUCCAAUGAUUUUCUGUUCCUUCAUUAAUUCAUCCUGUGCCAUUUAUCGAUUAAUAGCUUUCAUAUCUGCUCCGUCUGACACGCAGUGUGGCCAAAUAUUGGCAAUUUUAUCCUUCCAUCAUGAACACCAUCCAUCUUUAUCCGUUCGUUGUCGCUCGAUAUAUACAUGAAUGCAUCUCUUUACGUCCUUAAAAAACCUCUGCGCUCCUCUCACUCAUACACAUAAUCUUCUCAUUUUAUCACAUUUUUUAGUACUGGUUUUCCAUAUCUAAGAAGCAUUUACUGAGAUUAACCAAACAAAAGCGUUUCAUUUCUGUUCUUAUCCUGUAGCCUUACAGUUUUCCAGUUGAUCUGACAAUAAAGAGGGGGUGAGGAAGUUGAACCAGUGAUUUGAUAUUGAAUUGCAUCUAUGACUUUGUUUGGCAGUACUGUGAGAAGAAUAAUGCAUUUGUGUAACCGCCCAUUUUGUAUAAGUACAAUUUUGUGUGUAAUCAAAAUAUGAGAAUAAAAUCAUUUUGGCAAACAAAA